ACUGCGGUUGACCGAGGGUAACUGAAACCAUGAAAAGAAAAACUGUGGAUAAGGAGAGACUGCUGUAUUUCAGAAUGGCUCCUUCCCCCUCCUUUUUCUAGAAGCCUGAGGAGAUUUUUCUGAUAUUUGCCGUGGGAAUCCAGAGCUCCUGGAGGGCCAUAGAACUGCUGGUGAUAAAAUCUGUCACGAUACAGUGGGAGGCUCUGAGACCCAAGGCACCGCGUGACUGCAUAUCCUGAAUUCUUGCUGCCAAGAUGGGGAAACAGAACAGCAAGCUGCGCCCAGAGGUCAUGCAAGACUUGCUGGAAAGCACAGACUUUACAGAGCAUGAGAUCCAGGAAUGGUAUAAAGGCUUCUUGAGAGACUGCCCCAGUGGACAUUUGUCAAUGGAAGAGUUUAAGAAAAUUUACGGGAACUUUUUCCCUUAUGGGGAUGCUUCCAAAUUUGCAGAGCAUGUCUUCCGCACCUUCGAUGCCAAUGGAGACGGGACAAUAGACUUUAGAGAAUUCAUCAUAGCCCUGAGUGUGACAUCAAGGGGCAAGCUGGAGCAGAAGCUGAAAUGGGCCUUCAGCAUGUAUGACCUGGAUGGAAAUGGCUACAUCAGCAAGGCAGAAAUGCUAGAGAUUGUGCAGGCGAUCUAUAAGAUGGUUUCCUCCGUAAUGAAAAUGCCUGAAGAUGAGUCAACCCCAGAGAAAAGGACAGAAAAGAUCUUCCGCCAGAUGGACACCAAUAGAGAUGGAAAACUGUCCCUGGAAGAGUUCAUCCGAGGGGCCAAGAGCGACCCGUCCAUAGUGCGCCUCCUGCAGUGUGACCCCAGCAGCGCCGGCCAGUUCUGAGCCUGUACCCCACGAAUCAUAGAGCUGCUUGUGUCCCCCUUUGGUUUCUCUUUUUAACAUUUUCUUUUUUGCCAAACGAUAUUGACGGCGACGCUGUUCCCUGUGCGGUCAGACGCGCCUUCCUCCGUGACGCCUUCAGCUUCUCUUGUCGUGGACGCUUCGUGGGAAUGCCCAGAGCAUGGACAGUGCUGUCGUGCACAGAUGUUGUGGUGUUCGUUGUUCUGAUGAUUUUUGAUCAUUAUUAUUAUGAUUUUCUCUUGAUUCUAAUGUCUCUGUUUCAAAACCGAAGACUCGGGGAGGCAGGAACGUGAAAACCAAUCCAGUGCAGUGAUUCUAUUGCGAGCUUCAAGGGGCUUGCUUGAAAAAUGAAACUCCCCUGGGUCUGCUGUCAUACGUGCCCUAGGAAUGGCGUCACCGAAUUCGGGAUCCCCAAAGACAAGGAACCCUCUGGGGCUAGGCUAUUAAAAGGAUGUGGGGGAUUCCGCUCGCAGGCCCUCUCCACUCUCUUCCCCAGCAGGCUGUAGUUUCUAAGCUGUGAACAUUUCAAGGCAAAUUAAUAGUGGAGACGGAAAAGAUGGUUCAGUUAUUUUUUCAGAGGUUUACACUAGUCGAGCUAAGAUGAGUUUCUUUGGAAAUUAAACACAAAUGGUAACAUAUUUCAAGACCAGACCCAUCUUGUUGCCUCUUGUGAUUUAAAAGAAAAAAAAAAAAAAAAAAGAAUGCUGUAUAUAAAAUAUUGGGUAUUGCAGACCAAAUUAAGUGUUUUGCCUUGUUUAAAUGAAAUGCAUGUUUAGUGAGCACUAAUCCAAUCUUAUUACAGAAGACUGUAUCUAGUAGCUUAUUGUGAAGUAAGCCAACUAUAAUGAAUGUUUAUGUCUUGUUUUAAAGUCAUAUCUGUCUUUGCACAAAUGCACCAAUCAACAGGUAUAUUUUAUAUAUUCCAGAAAAGUACAAAAUAACCAUGACUAGGGCCCAAACUUAAUUUUGAAUGUUUUUCCAGAGUAGCUGUGCCUGGAGAAUAGAAUCAGGGCAGGUUUAUGUGGAACACAUCACCUGGAGCACCAGAAAGUGGAUAUUUAUGAGAGAUGUGAAGUGAUGAUUUGCCCACACAGCCCAGCAGCUCAUUGGCAGUAUUACACUGGAGGUGUGGUGCUGUUCUGAGCAGAUCAAUAUUCUGUAGCCACCCUUUCCCACCACCAAAAAAAAAAAAAAGAAAGAAAAGCUGAAAUUCUCAGGACUUCCCAGUGGUUUAACCCACAUGAAUUGUUAGGGAGUCAUAUUUGCACUAUUGACUUUCCAUGCCCCCAGUGGCCCUGCAGAGUCAGAGGUUGAGCAAUCAUCUGAUUCGUCAUGAAGUAGGCUUGGGCAAGUGCAUCUGUGAUUUCCGAGGCCCUCUCUGGGGUAUCUGGAAGUGUUUUCCCUCACGGUGUUCUUUGAAUGUCAAUUUCUAUUUCCAGAAGGGAUGACCCAAAUCUGAGUUGCCAUUCAGUCUGGUGACCUCAUACACACUAAUUUGAAUUAAAAGUUUAUAAGGAAGUUCAUAUUUUCAUAAGCAGUAAGGCAUGAGGAACCCCCAACACUCAAGGAUGUAGAUGGGAAGAGCUUGCCCCAAGAGAGGACAGAGAGGUCCCCACUGGUUCUGUUGCUUCCACACUGCUUCCUGCAAACCGAGAACCACAGAGAGAUGGACAAUAUAACCACGAGGAAGAUGAUGUUGAGCUCAUUCUAAUCUCUAGAUUCCUGGGUCUUCCCUAAGUUCAUUUUAACAAGUAGCAAAAACCCAAAUUUGUAUUGUUGACCAAAAUGGACCAACUUUGCAGGGUGAAAUUUCGAGACCUGAACAUGGUAAAAUAAUCUUAAUCUUCCUCCAAGUGUGUUUCUCAUAGUAGUUUUAUAUUGAGACUUGUCAAGUUCCUCCAUGGGCCAAGUGGUAAACUCUGGUUUUCAAAAAAUAAGGAAUUACCCUAAGACAUGGAGUGCAGAAUAGGUGAAGAGACGCAGUGCCUCCAUGGACAGUGUUCAGAUGUAUCCCACUUUUUCCUGCUCUUGACUGAAGACCUAAUUCCUCCUUUUAGUUCUCCUUAGAUAGGGGUGUCACUUAAUGUUUGGGAAACCCACCUGGGCUCUGCCCGAGGCCAUGACACCUUGGAGAGCCAGACUCACUCCUUUCCCCAGAUCCUAGAGCUGGAGUGAGGCAAAGAGAAGAGGGUCUUCAGCUGUUUAGGAAAGAACACAGAGCCAGAUGCAUGGCCAACAAACACCGACGCACAGGUGUAUGGAAGUCGCCCUGGUCCUGGCCUGCUGUUGACCCUGUCUGUGUUUUCUCCAGGGUUGUUUUGCUUUUUCUCCUCGUUCCCAGGAAGGUCUUUGUGUGUCUAAUCCAAUGCACUCAAGUUUGGCCAAGGGACUAUGCAGCACCCAGAAGGCUGGAUGCUUAAAGGUUAAUGUCACUCCCGUGCUGGGCUGUUCAUUGUCUUUGUUGUGUUGAGGGACCUCUGUAAUGGAGUCUGUUCUGUCUGAAAUCAAACCAGCCUGUGAUGUUCAAGGGAUUGGAAUAAAGUGGCUUACAACUUGAAGGAUGA